AUGGCGGUCACUCUGUUCGCAAACGGCAAGUUUUUUACAACUCAGGAAGGCGACGGAAAGGAGCACGAUGCUCGAUUCGACGGGUGCAUGCUCGUCGAAAAUGGCAUGAUCGAAUAUGUCGGCAGUGACGAUGCCGAUAUUCGAGCCCUAGCUGCUUCGAAGGGUGCCGAAAUACGGGAUCUUAAUGGCAGCCACGUUCUCCCCGGCUUCAUCGACGGCCACGUACAUGCCCUCCUGCUAGGCCAGUCCCUACAGCGGUUGAACCUAGAAAGAUGCCAGAGCCUGCCGGAGAUCCGAGAGACUAUCAAGACUUACGCAGCAGCGCACCCCGACGCGCCUCGCAUCCUGUGUGGCGGCUGGAUGGAGUUUAUGACGGAUGGAAAGGCAGAUGUUUCCAUGCUGGAUGAUCUAGACCCGCGGCCCAUCUACAUUGUUUCGAGAGAUCUGCAUUCAUGUUGGUGCAGCACAACAGCUAUCAAGGAGAUGGGACUGGAAUCAGCACCCGACCCCGUUGGAGGGACCAUUCAUCGUGAUGCCCAGGGCAAAGCACUCGGCCUCCUCAGCGAAGCCGCGUGUACACUUCUCGUAUGGCCACAUUUAGCACAGAUUGCCUCGCCCGAGGAACGAGUUGGGGCGAUGCGAGAUGCACUCCAAGCUCUCCACGCCGUUGGCUGCACCGGCUGUGUAGAAAUGGCCAUGGACGAUAUUGGCUGGGAUGCAUUGCAGACUCUCCGCGCAGAAAUGGGUGGCCAGCUCCCUCUGCAUAUUGCGGCUCACUGGCUCAUCCGUCCCACGGAUUCCACAGAUGGCGAUUCAGAAGAACUCACUCGAGCAAUCGCCUUGAGUCAACAGUUUAACGCUUCCACCUCGCCAGACUUUCGUAUCGUGGGCAUCAAAAUCAUGUGCGACGGCGUUGUUGAUUCGUGCACGGCCGCUCUGAUAGAGCCUUAUUCGACAACAGGCAUGACGACAGAUCCCAUCUGGACUCCCGAAGCUCUUGGAGCGGUUGUCCGCAAAGCAGACCGCGCCGGUCUGCAGUGCGCCCUUCACGCGAUUGGAGAUGCCGCUGCGAAACUCGCCAUCGACGCGCUGUCAGAACAUGGGACCCCAGGUCGUCGCCAUCGUAUUGAGCACCUUGAGCUGACGAGCCCUGGAGACGGUGCCCGAUUGGCCGCUGCUGGCAUCACGGCAUCUAUUCAGCCCGCUCACGCUGAUCCGGUUCUCCUCAAAGCCUGGCCCGAACUCAUGGGUACGGCUCGCUGCGGGCGCGCAUUUGCGUACGGCGAUUUUGCAGCCUCCGGGGCCAACAUUUCGAUCGGAUCCGACUCUCCCACUGCGCCCUGGGACGUACUGCGAAACCUUUACACGGCGACGACUCGGCGAUCUGUACGUGACCAGGAUUAUCAAACCGUUAUGAAUCCCGAGUUUGCCCUCUCCCUAUGUCAGGCCAUGCAGGGUGCUACUCGUGGAAGCGCAUACUCUUGCUUUGCUGAAGGAUGGACCGGAAGCCUGGCGAAGGGAUUACAGGCAAAUUUCGCGGUGGUCAAGAUGGAAUGGACACCGCAGUCGUUACUUCAGGCGCAAGUGCAGGAGACGUGGUAUAAGGGAAAGAAGGUGUAUGAUGCUGCAAGGACGGCUUGA